AUGUCGUUGGAGAAACGGUACGAAAAGGGAGAGAGCCGUGGAAUCGCGAGAGAGAUCGAUGCUAAGAAGGAAGAGAAUGAUGAGGAGGACGCCAAGCCGCCAAAGAGUCUGGCAACGAGAGGAAACGGGCGCCGUUGCGUCGCCGGGUACCUGAAGGAGGCACGCGUAUAUACGAAAACCGUGGUGGAUUCCAGUCCGAAUGUUCAGAAGUAUAAUCCUGAAGUCACGUUUACAACGACGUCGUCGACACCGGUUACCUACGCCGGCAACACGAACAUAAGCGCGCUCAUUGACCAAUUGAGGCACAUUAAUCAGCUGGUACAAACGCAAUUGGCGUCGUCGCCCGACGCCGGUGCCUUCCUGGGCGACGAGGCCCUGGACGGUUCCGGAAGCGGAGACAGCCCGGAUUUGAGGCAGCACGUUAACGGCGAGAAUGACGACGACGAGGACGGUCACGAUGACGAUCGCGAUGACGACGAGGCGUCCGGCUCCGGAACGGGUCCGAUCACGUCAGAUUUAUCGACGAAAGCUCCUCCGCAAGUCAUCAGCGGCGCCAAAUCAUCGACGAUCUUGCUACCGAUUGCCCUCGUUAUUGUUUGCGGAUCGCUUAUCGCUUAAUCGGCCAUAUCGUUGAGACGAGAAGAAAGGAAGAAGGAAUGAUUUCAAUCGAUUCCCCUCCAUAGCCAACAUGUAGAUGAGACGUAGAUAAAGAAAGAUAGACUAGAUCUUACCGCGAUCGGAAAGAUCGUUAGCAGAUCGGAACGAUUCGUUUCACGCGGUACUUUUCCGACGUGUAUGUCGACGAGGAGAGAUUCAAUGCCCGCCGGAAUCGUAUAUAACACACUAUUGAUAAUUUAUUGGUGGCAUGUUGGGCAUCGAAGCGUAUUCCUGCCGCGAUUCCGCUGGAAGCACGCGGCGGUUUUUCAAUGAUAUAUCGAUGCGCGGGGAGCGAGGGAGACACAGAUUGGUAAAAGUAUA